AUGGGGAGACGGUGCGACGAGGAGAAAAUUGUCCUCUUUGCUGAUGGUGGUGGUGGUAGUGGUGGUGAUAAUACUUUCCAAAAUGCGGAACACCCACACCAAGGACAGCUUGUUGAUUGGGAUACACUGCAGAUUGUUGAGAGGCAAGAUGAAGAAGAGGGAAGGAUGGAACUCAUUGAUGAAGACCAGAUGUAUGUGCUUUUGGGUUUAAGGGAUGAGGAUGAUAAGGCCGAGCAGGCUGCUAAGGAGGCUGUCGCAGCAGCUAGUGCUGAUGGUGAUAAAGGAAAAGCUCCUGCUAUGGAAGAUACACAUGGUGCCGCCAUUCCUGUUGAUGAUGACAUACCAGGGGAGAGGAUGAUCUUAUAUGACCCAAACAAGCCUAGCAUGGAUCUGGGUACCGUUUACCCGUCCAUGGAGGAGUUUAGGUUGGCAGUAAGACAGUUUGCGAUAAAUGAGGAAUUUGAAUUAAAAAUUGUUAAAACAUGCCCCAAAAAUAUGUUGCUGACUGUAGAGUUGAAGGAUGCCCAUGGUGACAACUUUGAUUGCUGGACACAAUUGUACAUCCAGUGCAAGGAGGCGGACUACUACACCUACAAGUGCUUGGUUUGCAAGGGAAGACAAAUAGCUCUGAAAAAGUUAUAUGGCAGCUGGGAGGACAGCUUUCAGAUGUUGUUUAAUUGGAAGGCUGAGGUCAUGAAGAGGUCACCUGGUAGUGUCAUCGAGAUUGGCAUUCAACAGAUGCAUGCAAAGGCCUUGAAAAGGCAGUUAAGGAUGUGUUUCCUAAUGCUGAACAAAGAGAAUGCUUUAGACAUCUAA